UAUUUUAAGGUGAACACGUUGAGUUUGAAGCGGAGUUAAGAACCGGGACCGAGGCGGCUUUGGAUCGGAGAGGACACCGAGAGAAGCAGCUCCAAACCCCGCAACAAACCCCCCCCGCAGCCCGGAGGAGCGCAGCGCGGGAUUUACGCACGAUUCAGAUUCAGACCCAGACCAGGAGCGGAGUUGUUGGGACUUGUCCGCGGCGCAGACUCCGGUGAGCAGCGGCAGAAGCACCGACGAUGCUCGGCUCCGGUUCUCCGGCUCACACUCCUCAGACCGACCCGGAAUAAGACGCGUAAAGUGGGUGUCCCGCUCGUUCCUGCUCCACCGGCUCGAGGAGCGACGUCCCCCCGCUGAGCGUCGCCUCUCGCCGCGGUAGGUGAACUACUGGAACCCGGAGGAUUAAACACAUUUUAAUGACAUUUAACUGUGUUUCGGCUCCGAGACGAUUCCCCCACCGGCCCCUGUGUGAACGAACCGGGAGAAGUCAGUGACAGCUGCGGCGGAACGGUGCGUAUCCCCCGGGUGGACCCUCUCUUUUCCCCGGCCCCUUCUCUCGAGCACCGUCUCCAUGAUUUACGCACGGAUUUGGGUUUUUUGAAUUUUGAUUCGGAGACUGGUUUUUAUCACUGGUCUGUCUGGAGCUUGUUGUGCGGGGCGAACACGCAGGGCUGCGGGAGCCAGGACGCGCGUCAUCUCCACUCCUGUCCGCUGGUUUCUGAUUCUUUCUGGUGGGGGGGGUAAUCAGGCUUUUUGUUUGCGCACGAUCACUUCCAGGAGCGCGGUGGUUCCUGCCCGUGUCCACUCGGAGCAGAGCACCGUGAACUUUCUUCCCCCGCGUGGAAACCAGACCUCGGCUCCUUUUCCUUUCAUGUCGCUCGGAGCAGGCGCGGAUCGGCCGUGCCUUUGAUCUGCUGCUCGCCAACACGCAUGAGACACGUGAGGGGGACAGCGGCGGCUCUCUGAAGACCCACAGUGAGGUGGCACUCACACGCACGCACACGCAGAGGGGGAAAAACGCGCAGAUAUUUAUCUUUUCCAUUGCGCAUUAUCCAACUUGAGACGCCCGGAGGACCUGCGCUCGGCACCGCGUGGAGCCGAGCACCUGCACCGAGGUUUAUUUAACUGGAACAACUGGGAUUUACCGUCCAGCCGCUGGGAUCUCUACCAUGUCCGGGGCACGGGAUUUCAGAUGGACCCUCCUCAUCUGUGUGGCGGCUCUUUCAUAUGCCCUCGCAGGUAAAAUCUUUCCAACCACCUCGAAUGCCCUCCUCAGCUCCUCGGCGAUGACAGCCAGCCCUUCACCCCCCAACGUGUACCUUCCCGCCAACUUCAAGAUGUCCAAUGCACAACUGGCUUUCUUUUUACGAGAGGUCGAGAUCACAGGACAAACGGUUGGCGGCGGCGGCGGCGGUAGGAGCAGCAGUAGCCCCAGCGCUGGACACCCGCUGCAGCGAGCUGAGAGUUUUGUGGUUUUCCAGACAAAAGACCUCCCUGCCAUCAACAUAAGCUUUGGGCCUUACGCCAGAGACCAGGCCCUCACCAAGGAGUUGCUCCAGCCAGCUAGUCCUCUGGAUAUCCCCGGGCAGCUAACGGUCAACUGGAAGGUGCGGGCCUUCAUUGUCCAGGCCCGGGUCUUCUCCAACAACCCCACGGUCCAGGUGUUUUUCUACAUCGCUGGCCGCGACUGGGAUGACUUCAAGGCUCAGGACAAGAUGCCCUGCGUCCGUCUGCACGCCUUCCGGGAUGUCCGUGAAAUUAAAACCUCCUGCCGCAUGAAAGGCAACCUGGCGCAGUGCUUGGCGCAGCUGGAUCUGCCUCCGUCCUGGUUUAACACCAACGUGGCCCCACUGGGCAGGAGGAAGGGCUCUGGUGACGGGCUCCUGGACGGGCUCACCAGUGAGACCCUCCAGGCUGAGCUCUACUACACUCUCCAUGAGCCCAAUCUGGAAGGGGAGUGCAGUGAGGGUUCAGGUCACAGGGGUGGUGGGGCUUCCAGGGGAGAACCUCUGUCACAGCACCCCCUGCUGCGCAUUGGGAGCAUCAGCCUGUACCAGGCCAGUCAGGAGCAGCUGCUGGUGGACAAGCAGCUGGACAAAAACAUGUUCCUCAGGCUGCCCGAGAAGCCCCUGAAACCCGGAGAGACCCUCAAGAUCUUCCUCUACUUGAUGCCCAACUCCACUGUGGAGCAGUUCAGCCUCAAGGUCAAAGCAAAGAAGGGGGUGAACCUGCUCCAGACCAAGUCCAAGAACGCCCAGUGGAAGGUGGACUGGGAGGUGCAGUCCGGCGCCAAGCACUCCAUCACCACCAUCGACGUGAACAAGAACAAAGGAGUCAAACAGGGGGACGUGCUGGGCAACGUGGAGGUGAUGCAGCUGGAUUUCGAGAUGGAGAACUUCACCAGCCUGUCCGUGACGCGGAGGAUCAACUGGAACAUCGACUACAAGGGGCAGAACCCGCCCCCCGAUUCAGACAAGGUGGUGACGGAGCUGACGGUGGUGCAGCGGGACAUUCAGGCCAUCAUCCCUCUGGCCAUGGACACUGAGAUCAUCAACACAGCCAUCCUGACGGGACGCACCGUGGCCAUCCCUGUCAAAAUGGUCUCCAUAGAGAUGAACGGGGCCGUGACGGACGUGUCCUCCUCCGUGCAGUGCAAGUCCUCCAACGAAGACAUCGUGAAGGCGUCCAUGAAUUGCGACUACGUGUUCGUCAACGGGAAGGAGACGCGGGGCUCCAUGAACGCCAGGGUCAUCUUCAGCUACGAGCACCUGAGCGCGCCGCUGGAGCUGACGGUGUGGGUGCCCAAGCUGCCGCUGCAGGUGGAGCUGUCCGACAGCAACCUGAGCUUCAUCAAGGGCUGGAGGGUUCCCAUCCUGCCCGACAGAAGGAGCACCAGAGACAGCGACGCGGACGAGGACGACGACGAGCGGCGGGUGAGCCGGGGCUGCACGCUGCAGUACCAGCGCGCCCUGGUCAAGGUGCUGACCCAGUUCCACACCACGUCCACGGAGGGAACCGACCAGGUCAUCACCAUGCUGGGGCCCGACUGGCAGGUGGACGUCACCGACCUGGUCCAGGACUCCCUGAAGGUGGCCGACCCCAGGAUAGCGGAGCUGGUGGACAGGACCAUCCUGGUGGGGCUGGAGCUGGGAUCCACCGCGCUGAAGGUGGAGUCUCCGCUGGCGGUGGAUGCGGUGCUGGGAGAGUCUGCCUUCUCCGUCACGGACGACAAGGUCUCCAUCACCGAGCUGCGGGUUCACGCCGUCUCGGGCUUGACCCUGUCGCUGCAGCCCAGCCCCGGCAACAGCCACACCAUGGUGGCCAAGGCGACCGGCGUGCAGACGCUCACCGCUCCCAAACAGGAGGCCAGUUUUUCUAUCUGGAUGCUUUUCAGCGACAACACAGCCGCGACGCUGACGUACUUCGACCCCAAAGACUACAACCUCAACGCCUCCACGCUGGACGACAAGGUGGUGUCCGUGUCCCAGGAGCCUCAGCAGCGCUGGCCCGUGGUGGUGGCGGAGGGCGAGGGAUCCGGCGAGAUCGUUCGUGUAGAAAUGACCAUCUGUGAGGCGUGCCAGAAGACCAAGCGCAAGAGCGUCAUCGCGUCUGCUGCGGUGUAUGCGAAGGUCCGGUUUGGCCCGGAGGAAGACUCCGAGGAAGAGGUGACCACAGAGGGCGAGAUCGAGCUGGUGCCCGUCACGAGACGCACAAUCCUCGAUCCCAACAUCAAUGGAAGAGUUUAUGAGACGUCCAACGAGCAGCCGGCCAGUGUUCCCAUCGAUUACACCAACUUCCCCACGAUUAGCAAUGAGGAGCAACCGACUGAGAGCGACGAAGAGGAGGAAGACGACUUUGUGCAUUCACCUCGCAACAUGACCGACCUGGAGAUUGGCAUGUACGCUUUGCUGGGAGUCUUCUGUCUGGCCAUCUUGGUCUUUCUCAUCAACUGCAUCGUCUUUGUGCUGAAAUACCGACACAAGCGGAUCCCGCCCGAAGGUCAGGCCAACAUGGACCACUCCCACCACUGGGUGUUCCUGGGAAACGGCCAGCCCCUGAGGGCCCAGUGCGACCUCUCCCCGCAGCAGAUAGAGAGUCCCAGUAACCCUUUGGAGGGCGUACAGACUUGCUGUCACGGCGACCACCACAGCAGUGGCAGUUCCCAGACCAGCGUUCAGAGCCAGGUGCACGGGCGCGGCGACGGCAGCUCCGGUGGCUCGACGAAGGAGAACAGCGAGGACGCCAGCUCACCCACCUCCAAGCGCAAGAGAGUGAAGUUCACCACCUUCACCACCCUCCCCACAGAGGAGCUGCCCUACAACUCCAUCCCCAUUGCAGAUGAGGAGGACAUUCAGUGGGUGUGCCAAGACAUGGGCUUUCAAGACCCAGAGGAACUGCACGACUACAUGCGCAGAAUAAAAGAAAUAGCCUGAGAGAAGCGGUGCGGUGUGAAGCACUGCUCUCGGCUUUCUAAAGAAACGUUACUUUCUAUUUUUCUCUUUUUCACCUCUGUGAAAGGUAAUUUUUUCACAAACUAAAAGGCCAAUUGUUGUUUCGGUUCAGGUCUGUUCCAUUUAGUUUGCACAGUGCUGUAAUCUCAUACACGCUCACACGGAAGAGGAGGGAGGAAGAAGCCAAAGACUUGACCACAGGAUCUCGAUCACUAGAGAAACCUGUAAAAUUGUGGCUACGGGGAAAUAAGUGUUUCACUGGGGAAGCCGAGCCAUGGCCAGACGUGAGAGCUGCUCCGGGAUCAGUUUGGGAGAGGAAGCCUGAUGUGGACAGGAGGUUUAGUUUGAGCCACGUGUUCGCUGGUUCAUUGGGACUCUGUAGUAACUGUACCUACGCCAAACUCAGAGGCCUUUGAUGAACAGAAAACUGUCAAAGACUCUCGUGAAAGUUUAAAAAAAAGAAAAGAAAAAAAAAAAUCAUUUUGUUUUUUUGCCAAAGUAGGAAAACUUGUUCUUUUGACGGCAAAACUUCUUUCGUUGUUGUUCUCGGUGCAGCACACUCAUGGUUUGUACUCAUGCUCAUUCUUUAGAUUUUUCUACAUUUCAUAGGUCGUCUCAAACAGUGCCCGACAACUAGUCCUCCUGGUCCCCAUCGAAUCUAAUGCCUUAUCAAAAAAACGCUCACAGUUCACUCCUCCGGAACACGUGUCCUCACCGCGGCUCGAGCCAGCGCAGUGAGAGCAGCCGUGUAGAACACCACAGCUGAUCUCCAGCAUGAGGUGUAAGUAGAAAAAGAGCUUGUGUGCUGUGAGGGCCUCUCACAGUCUUUGCAUGGCCGGGGAUCUCGAGGCACAAUCAGCAACUUUUUUCCAAAUUUGUAAAUGUUUGUAUUGUAGUUCUAUAAUCAUUCACACACACCGCAGAAGUAAGUAUGUUACCAUGCAUUACACGCAUGCCAUGUCCGGCCUACACGCAGACAUCCCUCUCUCUAGUAUAUGUAUAUAUCGUAUCGAGCGGGAGUCGCCGCCGGGCGCCACACAUUUAACACGUUAGUCACUCCAACUGAGGGAAGUGCGCGGCUGGGGCGGAUGUGUUGAAACUUUUAUAGUCUUGUCGUGAGUAGAAGGUUUUGCCUCGGUGACGUCCCGACAGAGCUGCAGCUUUCUAACUAAGCUGGUAUCGCAUUUGAUUGUCGAGCGCGAGAAUUUUGCUAUGCACCAGAACUGUGACGGAUCGAAAUCUCUUGAUUUAUUUCCCUUCCUUUAAAUUCAGGCUGGGACCCCCAGGCCUUCUGGGAGAACUGAAACCUUCUCGCUGAAAACAAGAUCCUCUAAACUCUGCAGGAAAAAAAACGUCCUCCACCCACAGAGAAGAUUACUGAACAGAUUAUUGAUUUUGCUCCAUCCUUUAACUCAUGGUCAUCCCAUGUUGUCAUGAUGUGUUUCAGACCCACUGUGUUCCGUCUGUAAUCCCUGUUAUGUUUGAUAUGUGAGAUCGAACCCGAGGGGGGGGUCACGGAUUUGCUUCGGCUGAAUUUUGUUGAACGGGACCAGACACUCGCAGCUCUGACGCCGGAGGCCGUGAAGAUGCUGCGGAGGAUUUCGUUUCGAACAGGAAUCUCACACAAGAUGCUGAUUGGCUUCAUUGGCAAUUCAGAGUGGGUGAGAACACCAGUGGAGGUCGAGUGCAGGUUUUCUUGUGCUAAUUGCGAUGUUGAAUUUGUAAAGUCUGUGUAAAGAAAACAGAAAAUGUGAGUUUCUGCAGGUUUGGGCAAGUUGUUAUUUUUUCCCGUUUUUUUGCUGAAACAAACCACACAAGGCAGCUUUGUCUCAUCGGAGGAAUGAAAAACGGGUUUGGCCACAUUCACCAGUAGGAGCAGAUUAUUUGAAAGUUACCCAGUGUUAACUUCUCCACCUUUUCUUUAAUACUCAUCACUCUUACGAAGUUUAAGUAAGAAGUUCUGCUAAUUCUGGCAUCCGCGGACCAUGCAUCGUGCAGGACGGAGGCGUAGCUAGCUAGCGAGUCGUAGUAGGUGUUGAAACAGGCAACUCAGCAGGAGAAUCACUGAUGCUAAUGUGCUCUAUUUUUAUAUAUCGUCACAGUCGUACAGGAGAGGUUGUGCUCGUUCUUAGCGCGCCCCCCGAGAAAAUACCCAGACACAAAACAGAUAAACGAACACAGGUCAGUACGUCACAGAUUAGUCUCCUCACUUUGAUUUUAGAUAUUAUUUUCUAACAUGUUUAAUGUGUUUAGAGACAAAUCCUUCACACCGACUUUAAAGGUUGACUGACAACACGACACUAAAGCAGAAGGGAAAGAGCAGAAAGUGCGAUUUCGACGGGAAGUUGCAGAAGCGUAGUAGCUGAAGGCAGAGUUUGUAUAUUUAAUUGCAGUUGCGGUGACUUUUCAUCACGAGUGUGGACGACUGGAGACGACGUUUGAAGCUUGAUGUUCCUCCGGCUCAGAUCUCACACGGAACAAGUUCUCUUUCAGGACUAAUGAAGCAACGACGAGACGGAAAAUUAGUUUCCGUGUCACUUUCCUUUAAUUCUCUCCUCCGCUGCUUCUAAGGGCUUGGAUUUCUCUCAUUGUUUCGUGCUAACCGACUUGACUGACAGAUUUUUUUUGCUGAGAAACCCCAGUGUCACCUGUUCCCUCUGCGGUGAUGAGGAGCGCUAAGCUCUUGUUCAUUUGGUUUUCCAUCCUUCCUGCUUCUCAGCCCCGGCAGCCUCGUUAGAGUCCCAAUCCAGAAUCGUUCUCCUUGUGGAAGAAAUACCAGCAUCAUGUUUUCUAUUUAGUUCAGCUCCUUAUUCGUUUGCUGAUUUCAUGUUACAGCUAAAAACAAUUGUUAAACGUGAUCUAAAGACGGACACAGUGUCCUCCAGCUACGUUGUAAGAUGCUUUGAGAUUCUUUUCCAUCUGUAAACCAGACCUCUCAAUAUUCUACAUGUAUAUAUAUAUUUACCCACAUUUGAUAUAUCGAUAAAUCCUGGAUUGGGACUCGAAGCUUUUUGAUUUUUACUGCAUGACCUCUUUCUGUUCCUCGUGUUUGAAAAUGAGCAACGAGCUGUAAAAUAAUCUUCAAUCCGUGUUUAACAUCUUUUGAAAGGGAAAGAGGAUGAGACUUCUUUUUUUUUUUGCGAGUCCAAGCCCCGUCCUUCAGCCACAGCAUCGACCUCGAUCUGCCAUGAGAGCUGAGAGAAGCUGGGAGCGUUUUAACACUUUCAACAUUCACGUGUCUCAGGAUGAAUGUAGGCUCCUUAACUCCAACUGGCUUGUUUUGUGUGUUUCGUGUUGUCAGCCUCGAUCUGGUGGCGUCGGUGUAAUGGAUUAAGUGUCUAAUAGCAGCUUCUUUCAACUGUUCUGUUCACGAUUUUUUCCAGUUUUUCCCACAAAUUUACUCACACGAUAUGUAAAUAUGUUGCACAUAAUAUUAUACAAAACAGAAAAACUCUGAUUUAUAGAUCAUUUCUACAUCCUACUUCGCAUUCGUCUGUGGGUUUUUUUCAUUUUUUUUGUAACGCUGUUUCAGUAACGCUGCAUAUAUAUUGGUUCUUUUUUAAAUUGUCUUUAAGCUGCUAAUAGAAACUUUAGUCUUCUUAACAACAUGUAAUAGAAGAUCUUGAAUUGUAUUUUCCUGCUCUCCCUGUGGAAACUGUGCACGACGUGCACGACUCAGUUGGCUGUGCCAAGUUACCACCACACUGACUAUACUAUGUUAAUGUACAGAGCACCGUUAAAUUUCAUGUAUUCUCUUGAAAACAAACCCUUGUAUUUUCCUGUUAAAUGUAAAGUACUAAAGAAAAUGCAAUACACAA